AUCAGUUUCUUGUUACUAUUAUCAAGCGCAAUUUGGCCCUUGAUUUUUUUUCCUCAGUCAGCUAAAGCUGCUGGGAUCAACCCUGUGCAACUUGCCUCAGUACGUAGGCGCUGUGAGUUUGAUGUGCCAAUGCCUACUGGAAAGGAUAUGGCAGGUGGAGGAAAUGAGCAGAGAGGAAGGUGAGGUGCGUGCACUUCCAUUUGUGCUGGUGUUGCAUGCUUUCUGUGUUGUGGACCCAGGACUCUGCAUGCCUGCCUCUGACCCUAUCCAAUUUGUGAUCACGCUACAACCGUAUCUUAAGAGUCAGGUUGAUAACCAAAUGGGUGCGAAAUUAUUAGAGAGUAUAAUUUUUAUAAUUGAUUCUGUUCUGCCCUUGAUUCGUAAGCUGCCUCAGAAUGUUGCUGAAGAACUUGAACAAGAUUUGAAGCACAUGAUAGUUCGUCAUUCUUUCUUCACAGUCGUCCAUGCUUGCAUCAAGUGUCUGUGCUCUGUAAGUGAAGUGGCUAGAAAAGAUGCUAGCGUGGUUGAGUAUCUUCUUCAGCUAUUCUUCAAACAUCUAGAUUCUCAGGGAGCUGAUAACAUGCAGCAAGUGGGCAGGUGUCUCUUCUGUCUUGGACUACUUAUCCGUUAUGGCAACUCUUUGCUAAGUACCUCUGGUAACAAGAAUUUCAAUAUUGUGAGCUGUCUAAAUUUGUUCAAAAAGUAUCUCCUUAUGGAGGACUUCAGCAUAAAAGUUAGAUCUUUGCAGGCUUUAGGCUUUAUUCUAAUUGCUAGGCCUGAAUAUAUGUUGGAAAAGGACAUUGAGAAGAUAUUAGAGGCUACACUUUCUCCUGGUUCUGAAGUUCGCCUUAAGAUGCAAGCACUGCAAAAUAUGUAUGAAUAUCUUCUUGAUGCGGAAAUCCAAAUGGGAACUGUGAAAGUAAAUAAUGCAGUUAGUUAUGCUGUAGAAAGUGGGGAGAGUGUGCCUGUUGCUGCUGGUGCAGGUGAUACCAACAUUUGUGGAGGUAUAGUGCAGUUAUACUGGGAUAAUAUAUUGGGGAGAUGCUUGGACGUUAAUGAUCAAAUUCGCCAAAUUGCCUUAAAGAUAGUGGAAGUAGUCCUGCGACAAGGACUUGUUCAUCCUAUCACCUGUGUUCCUUACCUUAUAGCCCUCGAGGCAGAUCCUCAGGAGAUGAAUCAAAAGUUGUCUCAUCAUUUGCUGAUGAACAUGAAUGAGAACCUUUAG